GGCACCGGCAGGCGGGGACCGGGACCGGGACCGGGACCGGGGACGGGCAGGGAGCGGUCAGGGGGCAGGCAGGGUGCGGGCAUCCCAGCAGCAGCAGCAGGAUGGCGAGCGGGACCCCCGUCCCCCAACCCACCCCAUCCUCAUCCUCCCGCCCCGUCCCCCACGUCCCGGGGGGCCGCUGAGCGCCGGUGGCCGGAUCCCGGGUCCGUGCCCCCGUCCCCCGCCAUGGAGAGCCCCGAGGGGGGGUACUCGGUGCAGGCCACCGCCGCCAUCGCGGCCGCCAUCACCUUCCUGGUGCUCUUCACCAUCACGGGCAACGUGCUGGUGAUCAUGGCCGUGCUGACGAGCCGCUCGCUGCGGGCGCCCCAAAACCUCUUCUUGGUCUCGCUGGCGGCCGCCGACAUCCUGGUGGCCACGCUCAUCAUCCCCUUCUCGCUGGCCAACGAGCUGCUGGGCUACUGGUACUUCCAGAAGACGUGGUGCGAGAUCUACCUGGCCUUGGACGUGCUCUUCUGCACCUCGUCCAUCGUGCACCUCUGCGCCAUCAGCCUGGACCGCUACUGGUCUGUCAGCCGCGCCAUCGAGUACAACGCCAAGCGGACGCCGCGCCGCAUCAAGUGCAGCAUCCUCAUCGUCUGGACCAUCGCCGCCGUCAUCUCCCUGCCGCCCCUGGUCUACAAGGGUGAGAAGAAGGCGGCGCCGGGCGGGCGGCCGCAGUGCAAGCUCAACGAGGAGGCCUGGUACAUCCUCUCCUCCAGCAUCGGCUCCUUCUUCGCGCCCUGCCUCAUCAUGAUCCUUGUCUACCUGCGCAUCUACCUGAUCGCCAAGCGCCGCCAUCGCCGCGGCCAGAGCCCCCCCGCGGCCCCCAGCCCCCUGGGUUCGGCGCCCCCAAACGCAACCCCCACCGCCGAUGGGGACACCCGGGGACCCCACCCCCUGCCGGCGGACAGAACCUCGCUGCUCAGCCCCGAGGAGCCGUCGGCAGCAGCGGUGGCGACAGCAGGGGCUGGCCGGGGGUCCGAGGGGUCCCCACGGCCCACGGGACGCCCCAGGGACACGUUGGCCACGGGGACGGGGCGGGUGGUUCUGGCGCCCACGCUGAGCCCCGGCCCUUGGCGGAGGAAGGCGCAGGCGAACCGGGAGAAGCGCUUCACCUUCGUGCUGGCCGUCGUCAUCGGCGUCUUUGUCCUCUGUUGGUUCCCCUUCUUCUUCCUCUACAGCCUGGGUGCCGUCUGCCCCCGGCGCUGCAAGGUGCCCGAGGGCGUCUUCCAGUUCUUCUUCUGGAUCGGCUACUGCAACAGCUCCCUCAACCCCGUCAUCUACACCGUCUUCAACCAGGACUUCCGCAAGGCUUUCCGCCGCAUCCUCUGCCGCCGCGGCGCCCGGACGGCGUGGUGAGGGGCUCGCCCCCGCCCGGAGGCACCGCGCCUUGCCCCCCCAGCCCCCCGACGCUACGACGGGUUCGUGCCGCGGUUUUCGGGGAGCUUUGCUCUUCCUUCCACCCCUCUCGCCUUCGCUGUCUCUGCCGGUCCUGGUGGCCAUCCCCUUGGGGCACCCCGCUCGCACUGGGGCUCCUCAUUUUCCCCUUUUCCCCCUCGUUUUCCCUUUUUCCCCCUCGUUUUCCCUUUUUCCUCCUCGUUUCUCCCUUUCCCCCCCCCCGGUUUUCCUCCCCGGGCGGCAGGCUCUCGGCUGGCAGCGCCUGCCCGCCUGCUGCCUCGUCUCACUGCCAAAUUUGCCGCGGGAAACCCGGCCCCGUGGGGCUGGGGGCACGUGCCGCCAUGCCACACAUCCCCUGUCCCCAAGCCUGGUGGCAUCUCCCCAGCCGUGCUGGGAUGCUCAGCGGGCAGACCCCAGCCUGGGAACGGCAGUGGGGGGGUUCAGGGAUUUUUCUCCCCACCCUACACACGGUGCGCCCAGGAAAUCAGCUUUUCCCCCUGUUUUUUGGGUGUCCCAGCCGAGCCCCCCCCAGUCCCGGGGGCCGUUGCCUUUUAACAAUAAA